AGAGCACUCACUGCCUGCACUUCUCUUCAUUUUCCACCCCAACAUGUUGGCAGGAGGAGAAAGAGGAGGAUGUUGCGCUCUACCCUUGGUGCGUUUUUGCCACCACUCCGGCCAGCGCACACUGCCUCUGACUCAGACUCAGCCUCAGCUUUCAGCCGUCCCCGCCUGAAAGACUUGAGAGGGGAGGUGGAGAAGGACUCGAAGACCAAGCUGGAGCUUAGGAGCUCUCACUUCAGGGUCCUCAACAGGAACAACAACAGCAGGAGAACAGAAAAGAGCAACUGCUCCUCAUCUGUGGUGGAAACUACUCAUACCUCAGCAGUGACCACCUCCUCUUUUUCCUCCCUCUCAGCUCCAAGAUCCAUGUGGCAGGAGGCUAUAAGGAGAAAGCGGUAUCUCCUUGACCGGACAGGGGAGUCUGAAGUAAACAGAAGAGGAGGUGGUGGUGAAGUGAAGAGAAACAAGUCCCCAGACUGGCUGUAUGAAUCAUACUACUGUAUGAGCCAGCAGCAUCCUCUGAUUGUGUUUUUGCUCCUCAUAGUGAUGGGUGCCUGCCUGGCUCUGCUGACUGUGUUCUUUGCUUCAGGACUGAACAUUGCGGACCAUGUGGCCUUUGUAAUCACUGUACCCACGGCACUGGCCAUAUUCCUGGCUGUAUUUGUGCUUGUCUGCAUUGAGUCUGUCUUCAAGAAGCUUUUACGUGUUUUCUCCCUGGUCAUCUGGGCUUGUUUGGUUGCCAUGGGUUACCUUUUUAUGUUUUCUGGAGGGAUCAUCUGUCCGUGGGAUCAGGUGUCAUUCUUCCUGUUCAUUGUGUUUGUGGUUUACACCAUGUUGCCGUUCUCCAUGCGGGACGCCGUCAUCGCCAGUGUUCUAACCUCUGCCUCUCACACCAUCGUGCUGAGUGUCUGCCUGUCCACCACAGCUGAUCACGUGGAGCCAAUAGUGUGGCAGAUUCUGGCCAAUGUUAUCAUUUUCAUGUGUGGCAACAUGGCUGGAGCAUACCAUAAGCACCUGAUGGAGCUGGCACUCAAACAGACCUACCAGGAUACCUGCAACUGCAUCAAGUCACCGAUUAAACUGGAGUUUGAGAAGAGACAGCAGGAGCGUCUCCUACUGUCUCUGCUGCCAGCUCACAUUGCCCGUGUAAUGAAAGCGGAGAUCAUCCAGAGAUUAAAGGGUCCAAAUUUUGGCCAGAUUGAAAACACAAACAAUUUUCACAACCUCUAUGUCCAGAGGCACACUAAUGUCAGCAUACUUUAUGCUGAUAUAGUAGGAUUCACACGACUCGCCAGUGACUGCUCACCUGGAGAACUUGUGCACAUGCUGAAUGAACUGUUUGGCAAAUUUGACCAAAUAGCUAAGGAAAAUGAAUGUAUGCGGAUCAAAAUCCUUGGUGACUGUUACUACUGUGUGUCCGGCCUGCCAGAGUCACUACCGAACCACGCCAAAAACUGUGUGAAAAUGGGUCUAGACAUGUGUGAGGCCAUUAAGAAAGUACGGGACGCCACAGGGGUUGAUAUCAACAUGCGUGUUGGUGUGCAUUCUGGGAAUGUCCUGUGUGGUGUCAUUGGACUUCAAAAAUGGCAGUAUGAUGUCUGGUCACAUGAUGUCACACUGGCCAAUCACAUGGAGGCAGGCGGUGUACCAGGGCGAGUCCACAUCACUUCAGUGACACUGGAGCACCUAAAUGGUGCCUAUAAGGUGGAAGAUGGAGAUGGACAAGAAAGAGAUCCUUACCUAAAGGAACAUGGAGUCAUCACAUAUCUGGUCAUUAACCCAAAGGUCGAGCGGCGGAGCCCACAGCACCAUUACCGACCCAGAAACACUCUAGAUGGAGCCAAGAUGAGAGCCUCUGUCAGGAUGACCCGCUAUCUGGAGUCAUGGGGAGCAGCGAAGCCCUUUGCCAACCUGCACCACAGAGACAGCAUGACUAAUGAGAAUGGGAAGAUCAAUACUGCUGACGUGAAGAUGGGGCAGUAUCACUUCCAGAGGAGAUCAGAAAGGACCAAGUCUCAGAAAAAACGGUUUGAGGAGGAGCUCAACGAGAGGAUGAUCAGGACUUUUGAUGGGAUAACAUCACAAAAACAGUGGCUGAAGUCUGAGGACAUUCAAAGAAUAUCGCUGUUCUUUCACAACGAAUCCUUAGAGAAAGAGUACAGAGCAACAAACUUGCCGGCCUUUAAAUACUAUGUCACCUGCGCCUGUUUGAUCUUUUUCUGCAUUUUCAUUGUGCAGAUUCUGGUCUUGCCAAAGACAACAAUCUUGGGAAUAUCCUUUGGAAUGGCUUUUCUCAUCCUUUCCCUUAUCCUCUUUAUAUGUUUCAUUGGACACCUCCUGCACUGCAGUAAAAGCACCUCCACUUCUUGGAUGUGGUUGCUGAGGUCAUCAGUUAUUAUUGCCAACAAACCAUGGCCCCGCAUCACUCUCACCAUGACAACCACAGCUCUAAUACUUAUAAUGGCAGUCUUCAACAUGUUCUUUUUGGAAGACAGCGUGCUGCCUCCACUUCCUAAUUACAAUUCAUCCAAUGAAACACUGUCUAAUGGGGAACUAAUCACCCUCUCUGGGAAAAACAAUUUCUACCUUCCUUAUUUAAUUUACAGUUGCAUCCUGGGCCUGAUCUCCUGCUCAGUGUUCCUGAGGAUAAACUACGAGCUGAAGAUGAUUAUCAUGUUGACAGCAGUUGUGGUCUACAAUGUCAUUAUCCUACAAACACACGCCUCUCUGCUGGAUGAAUACAGCAGAUUUCUGUACGAGACCGAAAGCCUUGACAGACCAGGAGUUCUCAAAGACCUGAAGAGUAUGGGCUCUAUAUCCCUCUUUAUCUUCUUCAUCACUCUCCUUGUGCUUGCCAGGCAGAAUGAAUAUUACUGUAGGUUAGACUUUCUCUGGAAGAACAAGUUCAAGAAGGAGUGUGAGGAGAUUGAAACCAUGGAGAACCUCAACCGCGUUUUGCUGGAGAAUGUCCUGCCCGCGCAUGUCGCAGAGCACUUCCUGGCCCGUAACUGGAAGAAUGAGGAUCUGUACCACCAGUCCUACGACCUGGUGUGUGUCAUGUUUGCCUCUAUCCCAGACUUUAAAGAGUUCUACACUGAGUCUGACGUCAACAAAGAAGGAUUAGAGUGCCUCAGGCUCCUCAACGAAAUCAUUGCUGACUUUGAUGAGUUGCUUUCCAAACCAAAGUUCAGCGGUGUGGAAAAGAUCAAGACCAUUGGCAGCACUUAUAUGGCUGCUACUGGGCUGAACACAUCGCCAGGGCCUGAAUACACAUCACAGGAACAUGACAGGCAGUAUAUGCACAUAGGGACCAUGGUAGAGUUUGCAUUUGCCUUGAUGGGAAAACUGGAUCUUAUCAACAAACACUCGUUCAAUGACUUCAAACUCAGAGUUGGUAUUAACCAUGGUCCAGUGAUAGCUGGAGUCAUUGGGGCCCAGAAACCCCAGUAUGAUAUCUGGGGAAACACUGUGAAUGUAGCCAGCAGAAUGGACAGCACCGGAGUCCUGGGGAAAAUACAGGUGACGGAGGAGACGAGUGACAUCCUUCUAACCCUGGGGUACAUGUGCUCUUGUAGAGGCAUCAUCAAUGUCAAGGGCAAAGGAGAGCUUAGGACCUUCUUUGUGCACACGGAGAUGACUCGGUCACUGUCACAGGGGAAUGUAAUGCCCUGAGCCUGAUUUACACAGGCAUGAAGACUUUAGUUUCAGAUUGAAGAGGUUUGAAUUCCUCAGUGCUGCUUUUAUAAAGUGCGGGGCAUAAAGGGACCUGAUCUCUUUACUGUUGCAUUACAAAUUACCUAUGCCACAGCUGUAGUAUACAUUUUGUCACUUAUGUAACUGUAAGUGUAGCAUGUACAGGAGAUAGGCAGUAACACCUAAAAAUAUACUGUAAUGUGAAUGUGGGAACUGGAAAAAAAACAGUUGCACAAGUCAGUCUGAUGUAAUAAUGUACGAGUUCAAUGAGAGUGAAAAUCUCCAAUGAUCUGACUUAAUAUUCUGCCUCAGUUCUGGGAGGCUUGUGGUAGUCACUUUAUCAUAGAAACCCCUUAUCAGCAAGGUGCAUCAAAACCAAUCUCACCCUACAGGAUACAGUUUGGAUGCUAAAUAACUUUUGACGCUGCAUGCCCCUAGGAUGGCAGCGUUUCCAGAGUUAGGAAGACAUUUUCUUGUCUUUGUACUUUUAUCUGCUUUAAUUGCUUUACCGGACAUGUUAAUCAACAUUCAGCUUGCUAUCUGGACAGCAAUUAAUGGUUACAAUCCAGUACCAUAUUGCUAAUUAUUAAGGAGCAACAAAUAUGCACCAUUUACCAACUCUUGGCACCAAACAUUUUCAUUGUUCUACCAUUUUUUGUGUACAGACGCCAACAACUCAGCAGGUCUUACAUCACAGUUUUAGCCGGAUUUGUUGAGCUGCUGUUCUUACUUGAAGGGGAUUUAUGUCCGUUCUCCCAUUUGGGAACUCAUUGUUUGUGUAAUUUCAGCACCAUAUGAAUGCAGAAGAAUAACUUCAUGGCAACAAUUUUCAGCAGAGUCUUAUAAAAACGUUGGCGCCCCAAAGACAACAGAGGUUAUGAAUUCACCAGUAACUUUUAACUGCUUCCCCAACUCAAGCAAAGUUUUAGGGUAACACAAAAGGCCAGAGAUGAAAAAUCUGAUAUUAAAAUGAAAGCAAAGGUCAAACUAAUACAAGUGAAAAUGUCACAGCCACUGUUGCAAAGGUAAAAUGUGUCUUGUUAAGAAAAAAAAACAGCCAGAAAACAAGGUGUACCAUGUGUACAUAAGUCCAUCGACCUUGUUAGAAGCACCAAGUCUUAGAUGUAUUUUACAAACAGUCUAGGACUAUAAUAGGAAAAACAAAUGAAAAGUAAAAUCUAUGAAUAUAUUCUGAUAUUCAUGCAGGGCGGUGUUUUCCAAAACAGUCUUUCCAGUUUCUCCUUGGCUGCAUUGACUGAAGUGAUUAGGACAUUGAUCAGAUUUGUCAGUGCUUGCUGAAAAUGGAAAAUCUGGGGCCAGUUGCAUAAAUGACUUGAGAUGUGUACAAACACACUGCUUUCAUGCAAUUUAUAACAGGAUGUGUCAUAACAAUGGGCACCCUUUGCACACUUAAAAACAGGUGUACAUAGGUGGGGGGUUUUGUGUUUGUUUUUUUU